UAAUGGCUGAGAUCGAUUUGUCAUAGCCAUUCCAUACGUAUCCUAUUGAUAAAGUAGUGACUGCUGUUCAAACUAGCUUAUAAAAGUAUUAAAAAUAGAAAUAAUUAGGGGUUUGACAACAGUUGAAGCUUAAGCAAGAUUUGCAAAAUAUGGUCCAAAUGAAUUAGAGAAGGAAGAGAAAGAGAGUAUUUGGGAAAAGAUUAAGGAACAAUUUGAAGACAACUUAGUAAGAAUAUUAUUGUUGGCUGCUGUGAUUUCUUUUGUGAUUUCAUAAUUUGAAGAUCAUGAAGAUUCACAUGCAGUGCCUCCUUGGGUAGAGCCUUGUGUAAUCUUCACUAUAUUGAUAUUAAAUGCCGCUGUAGGUAUUUGGUAAGAUUUGGAUGCAGAGAGAGCUAUUGAAGUAUUAUUACGUGUUAUUAUUUUAAGGCUCUUAAAGAUUUGUAAUCACCUCAUGCCAUGGUAUUAAGAGAUGAAAAAUGGGGAUAAAUUGAAGCCAAAGAUUUAGUUAUUGGAGACGUUGUAGAAAUCAAAUAAGGAGAUAGAAUUCCAGCAGAUUUAAGAAUGGUGGAUUUGAAGACCAUUACAUUGAAAACAGAUUAAGUAUACUAAACAUAAUAAUAUUAUAGUCAAUUCUAACAGGAGAAGUCAAUCCUGUUAAUAAGACAACAGAUCCUGUUUUGACAAAAGAUAAGGCUGCUGUCUAAGAUAAAAUCAAUUUCUUAUUUUCAGGAACUUUAGUAUCAAAUGGAACAGCAAUUGGUGUUGUUUGUAACAGUGGUAUGAGAACAGAAAUUGGAAAGAUUUAAAAGGAAGUCUAAGAUGCAGCAAAAGACAAAUAAGAAGAUGAUGAUCCAUUAUCAAAAAGAUUAGAUGAAUUUGGAGAUAAAUUAGCUAAAUAUGUCACCUAUAUUUGUAUCAUCUGUUGGGUUAUGAACAUUGGUAAUUUCUCUGAUCCUGCUUAUGGAGGAACUAUUAUGGGAGCAUUAUAUUAUUUCAAAGUAGCUGUUGCAUUGGCAGUUGCUGCUAUCCCAGAAGGAUUACCAGCUGUUAUUACAACUUGUUUAGCUUUAGGAGCUAGAAGAAUGGCCAAAUAAAAAGCUAUUGUUCGUAAAUUACCAAAAGUAUAAACCUUGGGAUGCACAACAAUCAUUUGCUCAGACAAAACUGGUACUUUGACAACCAAUGAAAUGUGUGUUAAAGAACUUGUACUCUUAUCAGGUUUGGAUGCUUCAACAAUAACAGUAUUCCCUGUAGAAGGAACAUCCUAUCACCCAGAAGGAAAGAUUGAUGGUUUGGAUGCUAAAUUAGUUAAAGGAAAUAGUUUAGCUGGAAAUCUUAAUAGAUUAUGCUAAUCUAUGGCUUUAUGCAAUGAAUCUAAAUUAUACACUGAUAAAGGAAGAGUUUAAAGAAGUGGAUUACCUACUGAAGCUGCUUUGAAAGUUUUAGUUGAAAAAAUUGGAAAAUAUGAUAAAUCUUUUAAUGGUAAACCAACCUUAGAAGCUCCUGAAUAAUAUAAUGAAAAGAUUGUUGGUGAAUUCACAAAGAGAGCUACCUUAGAAUUCACAAGAGACAGAAAAAGUAUGUCUGUUUUGGCCAGUUCCAAAAAUGAAAAAGGAAAUGUUUUAUUCAUUAAAGGAGCUCCAGAUUAUUUGUUAGAAAAAUCUAAUAUGAUUUUAAAUUCAAAUGGUGAUGUCGUUCCAUUGAAGGCUUAAGAUAAGAAUUAAUUAUUAGAAAUUGUUAAAAAAUUAGCAGAAAAGGGAUUAAGAACAUUGGCUAUCUGUAUUUAAGAAGAAUGCGGUUAAUUGAGUGAUUAUGAUGGACCUAAACAUCCAGCUCAUAAUUAAUUGAUUGAUACAAACAACUAUAAGGAUUUGGAAAAUAAACCAAUUAUUAUUGGUGUUGUUGCCUUAUAAGAUCCACCAAGACCAGAAGUCAAGAGAUCCAUUGAAAAAUGUAGAGAAGCUGGUAUCUCAGUCAUCAUGAUUACUGGUGAUAUCAAAGAAACAGCAUAAUCAAUUGCUAUGUAAAUUGGUAUAUUACAUGAUCAAUCCUAAUUCCCAACUCAUUCAUUUACAGGAUUGGAAUUUUCAACAAUGGGAGAAGAAAAAUAAAAGAAAGUACUUGAAUAAGUUAUUGGAAAACCAAGUGGAUUAGUUUUCUCAAGAACCGAUCCAUCACACAAAAGAGAAUUAGUUAAAUUAUUAACUGGUUAAUUGAAUCAAAUAGCAGCUAUGACAGGAGAUGGUGUUAAUGAUGCUCCUGCAUUAAAAUAAGCUAGUAUUGGUAUUGCUAUGGGUAUUUCUGGUACUGAAGUAGCAAAAGAAGCAUCAGAUAUGAUUUUAGCAGAUGAUAACUUUGCAACUAUUGUAAGAGCUGUUGAAGAAGGAAGAGCAAUCUAUUAAAAUAUGAAAGGAUUUAUUAGAUAUAUGAUUUCAUCAAAUAUUGGUGAAGUUGUCUCAAUUUUCACAUCAUCAGCAUUAGGUAUUCCUGAUGGAUUCAAUUCAAUCUAAUUAUUAUGGGUUAAUUUAGUAACUGAUGGUCUCCCUGCUACAGCUUUAUCAUUUAAUCCACCUGAUCCUGAUGUUAUGUAAAAACCACCAAGAAAACAUGAUGAACCAAUUAUUACUGAAUAUGUAUUCAUUAGAUACUGUGUUAUUGGAACCUAUGUAGGUUUAGCCACAGUCUUCGUUUUUGUGUAUUAUUAUUUGGGAUAUGAAUGGGCUGGAGAUGGACAUCCAGUUGUCACAUUCCAUUAAUUGAGAAAUUGGGCUGAAUGUCAUCAUUGGGAAGGAUUCAAAAUUGCUAAUUUUGACAAAUAUGAUUUCUCUAAGGAUCCAUGCUUAUAUUUCUCUUGGGGUAAACAAAAGGCUUCAACUUUAAGUCUUUCUGUCCUUGUUGUUAUUGAAAUGUUUAAUGCCUUGAAUGCCUUAUCUGAAGUAUAUUUAUUUAAUUAAACCUUUUUAAGGAUGGAUCAUUAUUGAAAGUUGGAGUGUUUGCAAAUCCUUAUUUAAUUAUAGCUAUUUGUGGAUCAAUGACUCUCCAUUGCAUGAUCUGCUAUGUACCAUUAUUUGAAAACAUCUUUAACACUGUUCCAUUAUCCAUUUAAGAUUGGUAAUUUAAUAUAAUUUAAUAUUAGGAUUUUGGUUAUUGGAGUAUCUGCACCUGUAGUUUUAGUUGAUGAAGUCCUUAAAUUCUUCUCCAGAAUAAGAAAUGCAAAAUUGUUGGCUGAGAGAAAGAAAAUACAAUGAGC